AUGUCACCUCUCACAUUGGGCCAACUCUGUACAAUGAAAGUGCAGUCUCUACUCUCUAUACCAACUGAUUACCAACCAGAAUAUCCCCUAAUGCCAAAGGUCACUAAAGGCAAAUAUGGUGUUCAGAAACUCCUCUCGUCCCUCAAAAUAGACAAAGCAUGUGGUCCCGAGGGUCUAAAGCCGAUCCUUCUCAAAAAUCUUAGUGAACAAAUCUCACCACUAGUCAAUAAGCUCUUUCAAAGCUCCCUUGACACGGGCAAUAUCCCAGCUGACUGGUCCGAGGCCAAUGCCACUCCUCUGUUUAAGAAGGGCAACAAAAGCAAUCCUGCAAAUUACCGGCCUAUUUCGCUAACUUGUAUUCUUU